CCAAGUUUGAAGUCUAAGUAUUGAGAAUUGCGGCUAAGUCUAUACCAAUUUCCGCGGUGUCGCGUUACACAGGCAUAACAAUGACACUCUUGAUACCUGAAGGAUGGAUGACAGACUGAAGGUCUCACGGUUUUGGGAAGAAAAUUUUUCUAUUAUUCAACAAACUAAAGAUGUUCAGUGUCCAACACCCGAGGAGGUUUAUUCCGACUUUAUUCUACAAACAGGGCUAACACAUAUUGAUUUGGACAAUUUUAAGGUUAUAACGUGCAGUCUUGGCAGAGGAAUACGCUUAAAUAAGAAACGUCGGAAAAACCAGAAACGAUUCUACAAUGUCGCUCCAAAGCGCAAAAAACUACGACCAGAAGAACAGGAUUAUGACAGCCAGGUGUUGGACGACUUGGUCGCAGCAGACGACAAACAGCAACCAGCUGACGUCAUUCACGUCGGAAACGUUAUUAGACAAGAGGACGAACUGUUAGGCAAUUAUCUGCAACAUCAAGCGUCAAUGCAAAUUAACGCAAUGACAGUUUCAGCCUUGCGAGAGAAACAAAAUGCACCAUCGAGAAGAAAACAAAUGUUCGAGAUUCUUAGGGGUAAAGGCCUGUAUAAGAAAUUUGCUAUGAGUAAGUUUAAAACGUUCACGUCAUGGCUCAAAUCGCCAUCUGGUGGCCAACUUGCAUGCCCUGAUGAAAUAUCAAGUGAAGUUAGCAGAUUCCUAUAUUUUUCAUUUCCGAGCAAGCUGAAAUGGAAUAGGUUGUUGGAUGCCAAAGCAUUUAACAACUAUCUCAUUACUACAAAAGAUGCUGGCUUAGGCCCCGAUGGUCUGAAAACGAAGAUAGAAAGAAUUACAAUAGCACUUAAGUUCCUCGCCCAUAGAAAACCAAAGCUUCACAGUAAAUGCAGAAGAGCAAUUGCAGAAUAUUCUGAAUGGCUUAAACCUCUUGCCAAACAGAAAAAGGUGCUGAGAAUGCAAAAUUCUUGGAGGGACGAGUUAUGUGGUUUUAACCUAACCAUGGAAGAUCUCGACACCGCUGUUUCCGAAGAUACAAUUGCCCAAUUCAUUGCAAUCAUGAAACAAGCAAUGUCAAAAACGAGACUAACCCAAAAGGAGUACAGGCUGAUUGUCGAUACACUUAUCACAAUAACCAUAACGCAGGAAAGUGCUAUAAGACCAGGGGCAUUUCAAUUUAUGACUCUGCAAGAAAUAGACAACCCUGGUAACAUAUAUAUCACCUACUGA